AUGAUGAAACAGCUGAUUGUCUUGACUGCGCUGUUUGUGGUCGUUAUCGGCAAGGAGACUUUUAAGGGGCACCAGGUGCUUCGUAUCACUGGGAGAGAUGAGGUCCAGCACACUCGUUUGCAGGAGCUGACUGAUAUGGGGCAUCUCCAGUUGGAUGUGUGGAAGAAGCCCAUUGACCUCUCCACACCUGUGGACAUCAGAGUCCCCUCCAAUAGCCUGCAGACUGUAAAGGCCUUGCUGGAGGAUGCAGAUAUCCCAUACUCUGUCAUGAUUAAGGACCUGCAGGCUGUCUUAGACCAGGAGAUGGAGCACAUGGGUUUUCGUGCCACUGAGCCAAAACACACGGACGACUAUGACUACGGCAACUACCACAAUGGGGACGAGAUCUACAGUUUUCAAGACAUGCUGGUGGCAGAGAACCCCAACCUGGUCAGCAAGAUCGUGAUUGGCAGGAGCUAUGAGGGCCGCCCGCUGAAUGUGCUUAAAUUCAGCACUGGUGGCACGAACCGCCCUGGCAUCUGGAUCCACUCUGGAAUCCACUCCAGAGAAUGGAUCACUCAGGCCAGUGGCACCUGGUUUGCCAAGAAGAUUGUCACUGACUAUGGCAGAGACCCUGUCCUCAAGGCCAUUAUAGAUCACAUGGACAUCUUCCUGGAGAUCAUGGUCAACCCAGAUGGCUACUACUACACACAUACUAACGAUCGUAUGUGGCGUAAAACCAGGAAGCCUAACCCUGGCUCUUCCUGUGUUGGGGUGGACCCCAACCGGAACUGGGAUGCUGGUUUUGGAACCACUGGUUCUAGCAAUGACCCCUGCCAACAGACUUACCGUGGACCCAUGCCUCACUCGGAGCCUGAGGUCAAGGCCAUCGUGGACUUUGUCAAGUCACACGGCAACUUGAAGGCCUUCAUCGACCUCCACAGCUACUCCCAGAGGCUCAUGUACCCAUAUGGCUACACCAAAAACCCAUGCAAGGAUCAGAGGGAAUUGCAUGACCUGGCCAGGAAGGCCAUAAGUGACCUGGCUACUCUGUAUGGAACUCCAUACACAUACGGCAGCGUUAUUACCACCAUAUAUCAAGCCAGAGGCAUCACCAUUGACUGGGCCUACAACCAGGGCAUCAAGUACUCCUACACCAUGGAGCUGAGAGACACUGGUCGCUAUGGUUUCCUACUGCCAGCCAAUCAGAUCAUCCCCACCGCAGAGGAGACUUGGCUGGGUCUGAAGACCAUCAUGAGUUACACCAAGGAUAAUACUAAAUAGAGUUCACCAUGACAACAGCAGCAAUAUGUCCACAAAUGUAGUGAUUUUAUGACACUGUAAAUGUCUUGAUUACAUUUUCUACUGUUGUGUACAGUAUCUGGUCCAGGCUGGUCAUGACACCUACCUACAA